GUCCCUGUUGAUCUUCUGCAUUCGGUUGAGCAGGGCUUGACCUCGACUUUCGUUCGGCUAUAUGCCCACUCGCUAUCGACGACCUGGCCAGUACUACCACUUCCCUUACGGCCAUUCAGGAACAAGGCACUAGCGGUCGAUCUUCUGCUCAUCUCCCGGACCCGUCGCCGUUAAAUUAUUCAUUCUUUGUGCUCGUUUACGUCCCCACAUUCCAGUCAUUGCGCCGACAACCGCCGUGUCUCGUGUCCAAUGAAUACGGACUUGAGCACUGCUUUCUAAUGGGGAGCAUGGCUUGGAAGCCAUCAUUUGUUUUAUCAUUCCAGUGGUCAAUGGGUAAACUGAUAGCAUAGCUUGAUGUUGGCUGGUUAGGCUGUUUUGUUUCAUAUCUGACUCUUGUUUUGUUUUUAUCUCUGUGACAUCCUGUUCAUAAUCGCUUAGAGCUGUUGCACAUUGGCCAUUGUCACACACCAUGGAGUUCAAGUCUUCGUUGAAAGACAGACUUCGGAGGACGCGAUCCUCGAUCAUUUCGUUUUCACAGCCCAUCACACUCUUCUCCGUCAAACCAAACACAUACUUCGACUCGAACACACGUAAAGGAUCUUCAAGUUCCAUAACGGAACCGCCCUGCAUCCCACGCAACGUGGAGAAGGAACUCCGAUAUGCCUGCCACCGACUACAACGGAAGAUUGAACGGGAGAUUCCUUCGUAUGACAACUAUUAUAGGCCAGAAAUAUCGUGCGAGAGGAGGCACACCAUGGCUGCACCGGCACCGCAAAUAAACACAGCACCCCAAACACAAUCUCUACCAACGACUCUCAGAUCACCAAGGAACAGAUAUUAUCCCGGGUUAGAGUUCGACGCCCAGGAAAGCAAGCCAAAGAAAGAUGAUAUUUCCGAGCUUUACGAUAAAACAGCCAUGAUUGCUCGCGCUGAAAGCACAUACACUGGGCAAUCUGACUUCAACACAUCCCGUAUUCCAUCAUCCGCCACCAAAGACAGGACUCACGCUGAUGGCGAGCAGCCACACUCGUCUGGAGAAACGCUGGUAGGGGUGAACGAUUACAAGCUUGCACAUGAUCAUCGAUACAGCUUAGACGUCGUGAACGAGUCAUGCCCCGAAAUUCCCCUGGAUCUCAUUAGAGACCUCAACUCGAUGCCUCAUAUAGUCCCCAGCUUAUCCCGGCCUCCCCCGCCAGCUCCAGCUCCUGAGCCUACACGAUUAGCCCGCAAGCAACGCGUCGAGAAUCUACAGGAGGAGAGCGAAAGCCAAAGUCAAACCAACACCGACACUGAAAACGAGACCGAGACCGAAACCUUAGGCAGAACAACAGGCCCUCGCCCAAAAUAUAGAUACAGCUGGCUUCCCAAGACCGCUACAGCUACUGCCAGACCUAUAAGUACAAUGGAGCUGGGACUGGGUGUAUCACCUCCGGUUAUUAUCGACAGUAAGGGUGAGCAGCGAGUCAUGGGCCCUGAAGCAGAACAACAGCGUCAGAAAGAUUUGCAGCAGGCAGUGAAAGAGAAGAUGUAUACGGGGGCAAUUAAUCCCAGAUCGGUAUCUGAUACGCACCGCAUUCAGCCUUGCGCAAAUUGUUCGGAUGCUGCCAAAUCCACCGGUAUCACUGAUGUAAACGAGACUGAUCAGCAACUCUCGCGGCGAAGAUCGAUUCUCCGAAAAUUCUCGUUUUUCAGCUUUGCGAAGCUGAGGAAUAAUAUGCCACGGGCGAGGGAGGCGGUUGGGUUUAGUCGGAUUGUGGAUGUUGUCUAGCUUCUUUUCUUACGAGUUUUCUUCUUUUUUUUCCCCGAACCUUUUCUUCAGAUUUGCAUUCUCAUGGUUCCGCGUUUGUGUACAUUCACUGUUGCGCCCUUGUAUAUCCUUCACUAGUCUCUACACCUAGCUAUUAAUUAUUAAC